CAAACAAAUAUCGUUCGCCUGCGACAUGAAUCUGACUAUAGUCGUUGCCCUGUUAGCAGCCAUAGCUGUGGCUGACGAGAGGCCCCUGACCAGCCCAGUAGUGGUGGCCAUCUUGAAGAACGAGCAGCACACCCCGGACGAGUUCGGGAACCACAACAGCGACUUCGAAGCCGCCAAUGGGAUCGAGGUCCACCUCUCUGGAUCCCAGGGAGAGAACGGAGGGGCCAAUAUGAUUGGAACCUGGAGCUACCCUCUUGAAGACGGCAGCAAGGCCGAAUUCAAGUUCGUGGCCGACGAGAACGGAUACCAGCCCGAGUCUGAACUCCUGCCAGUGGCUCCACACUUCCCCCACCCGAUCCCACAGUUCGUCCUCGACCAGAUCGAGUUCGCCAGGCUCGAGGACGAGCUUGACUCUCUCGAGAGAAAUUAAGUGUAGGAGGAGGUCAUGUUCGUGGCCUGGGAAACUCUGAUAGACAGAUAUACAUCUUGAUAAUUCUUGUGUAAUACGGUUCUUCUGUAAUUCAUUGUAAUGCGUUUGAGUUUCUUCAGAAAAAAACAUUAUAACUUAUAACCAACUCUUUACCUUGAUUCUCUUUUAAAUUUAUAAGUCAAAAUAUAACCAGGUUACGACACAUCUUUGUAAUUCUAAAAUAUAGCCAGGUUAUGACACAUUUGUGUAAUUCUAAAAUACAGCCAGGUUAGGACACAUCUUUGUAGUUCUAAAAUAUGGCCAGGUUAUGAAACAUCUUUGCAACUCUAAAAUACAACCAGGUUAUGACAUCUUUGUAAUUCUAAAAUACGGACAGGUUAUGACACAUCUUUGUAAUUCAAGUGCAAUACACUUCUGUAAGUUAAUGUAUUACUACUGAGUGUGUGUUAUAAUAGUUUGGCAUUCGUGAAUGAGGCAAGCAUGUAUUUACAAAAUAUAUAGAAGUUAUGACAAAUUAAAUAACUUAUUUAAUUAUAUAUUUAUGCUUACAUUUUUGUUGUCACGAAAAUGUAAAACAUCCAUUCAUAUAUCUUUACAUAUAACUUAUAAACCAACUGUAUAACUUAUCAUACAUUCAUUCAUAAAUAUAACC